UUGUUAACUUAAUUUGUGUGCUCCCAUCUCUAACCACAGUCGACAAAUAACCGAUGACCAUGCUGAUGGAAAGAUGGACUGGUGAAUGGCUGGGGUGAGAGAGAGAGGGUUGACACGGUUUCUAAUUCAGGCCACUCCACGCCUCACUACAGUCGUUUACUUCGCUUCACGUUAUAGACAAGGCGUCAGUUGAGCGAGGCCUGUGCGACUGUGUGGAGCAUCUAUAUAGUAUUGGAGGACUUUUUGUAAACAUUGAGCUCAGGUGCUGAUAUGUUCUUGUUCACGGGACACUAAUUGUGCGUUAUGGAACAAUACUGGAUUUUAGUCAUUCCGCUUUUGGGAUGUCUCCUGUCAAUUCCCACAGUUAGAGCUCAAACUGGGGUACCUUCAACAACGUCAAGCUCGACAACAACACCACAACCACCACCGCCGCCGCCGCCACCCCCAGGUUUGCAGACCCGAAUCGUGAACGGCGAGAACGCAACCGCAUACAGAUCGGGGAGAGUAGAGGUCUCCAACGACGGCGGAACAACAUGGGGGACGAUAUGUGACGACUUCUUCAACAAAAGUGCUGCCAUUGUAGUGUGUCGUAGCUUCGGUUUCACCGAUGGAGAGGCGAUUGCCAAAGCGUACUUCGGCAGCGGCUCGGGCGCAGUGUUCCUCGACGACGUGGAAUGUCAGGGCUUUGAGACAGAUCUCUCUCAGUGCAGGAAGAGCAAGUGGAAGGACCACGACUGCGACCACACUGAAGAUGUUGGCGUAUACUGUUACAACAGCACCGACGGAGUGUUCAAGAUGCAGCUGACAGAAGGGUCCACAGCCACGACCCUCAACACCAUAUGGGGGCGGCUGGAGGUGGCUCUGGGCAACAUGAAGUGGGGCAGCGUCUGCGACGACCUGUUCAACGAGAACGCUGCUGGCAUCUCGUGUAAAUACUUCGGCUACUCAUACGGACAGCGACUGACGGAGGAGGGGUUUCGGAAUGGUGAGAGGACUUACAUGGAUGAGGUCAACUGCCGUGGAGGAGAGACGUCCCUGCUGCAAUGUCGUCACAACAGUUGGAGGACACAUGACUGUGGGAGGGAGGAGGAUGUGGGCGUGGUCUGUUUCAACACUACAGUUCGACUAAGGUCCAAAAGCUUGACCAUCCGAAACGUAGGUGCCGUUGAACUAUGGAAGGCUGGAGAAGGGUGGAUGGAGGUGUGCGAUAAAGGAUGGACAGAAGACGACGCUAAGGUCACGUGCCGCGAACUCGGCUUCGUGGACGGCAUGGCGCUUCACGGGUCAGCUCUGGCCGGCAACAUGUGGGGGAGCCCAUGGGGCAAACACCCCUGGAGCACGGGGAGGACCGUCAGUUCCUACAGCAGUGUCAACUGCACGGGCUCGGAGACCCGUCUGGCCGACUGUCCCAUGGUCAGGUCGGGGAGAGGAUGUUCAACCCUGUCGUCUGCGUCUGUCAUCUGCUACAACACCACCAUCGAUGAAGUUGAUAACUCUACCGAGGUCCGACUAUCGGAUGGGGACAACUGGGGUAGGGUGGAAAUAUAUCAUCUUGGUCUGUGGGGCCAGGUUUGUUCCGACCAAUGGAGUGACCGAGAGGCCAGCGUGGUGUGUAGGAUGAUUGGCUACAAAGGGGGCAAGGCCUUCGGGGACACCUCACGCGACAACCUUCCUCCCUGGCUGACCGACAUCACAUGUGUGGGCAACGAGACCAACGUCCUUGACUGCGAUACGGGAGAGUGGGGAGAGUCAGUGUACACCUGCACCCCCGCUCACGUCCUCUGCUACAACACCAAUGUGACUGUUAGCCUUGACAACCCUACAGCCGGCUACGGCAGAGUGGACAUCUCCUACGACGGUGUCAACGGCACCAUCUGCAACGACGGCUGGUCUGACGAGGAAUCCUCCGUGGUGUGUCAGAUGGUGGGAUAUACAGAUGGCCGGGCCAUGAACGUUGAUGUUCAGCCAGGGUCGGGGCCGGUGUGGCUGAGCAGCGUCACGUGUGGAUUCGGGGAUGAUUCCUUGUUCGAGUGUGACAGCAAAGGCUGGGAGAAGAGCAGUGACCAGUGCGCUGACCAUCAGAAUGAUGCUGGGGUUCGAUGCUACAGGAACGUUCGUCUAACCCCCGGGACACACAGCGUGGGGGUGGUUCAGAUCUACAGUCGAGGACGCUGGGCCACAGUUUGCGGAAGAACCGGUUUUAAUGACAACGCUGCCAAGGUUGUGUGCUCAGAGCUCGGCUUCAAGAACGGUCAGGCUCUUCCAUUGGGGGUGUUUGGCAGGCAGAGACUGGACAGUGUCCGACCUAACAUCACAUGUAGCAGUAACGAGAAGUCGCUGUUGGACUGUGAUUAUGACAAAUCGUUGACAGCUACUUGUCUGCCAUACAGUAUCUCCUAUGCGUCCGUGGCUUGUUAUGACACUGUUGUUUUCGGCGAAGAGUAUAAGCUUGAGGGCGGGAACAUAGAAACCGAUCAGGCCUCUGGGAGACUUCGAGUAUUCAAGCAUCAAACAUGGGGUUACGUGUGCGACAAAUACUGGGAUGACAAUGACGCCAACGUCACGUGUAAGGAGCUCGGUCACAAGGGAGGAAUAGCUUACAGAUAUGCUGGAAACUAUCCAGGGCCGUUCUUCAUCAGCGAGAUCAACUGUGUUGGCAGCGAGAGCAAACUGGAGGAUUGUCCUAAAGGACAGGAACUCUGCACAUCGCUUCAAGCUGGUGGAGUGUUGUGCUACAGUGGAGAAGCUCCAAGGCUUCAGUUCUCACCAAAGGGAGGUAAGCAUGGCCGCCUCGAAGUUAUCAUCAACGGCGAGGCUGGGCGGAUUUGUGGCAAGCUCUGGGACGACAAUGAUGCCACAGUGGCAUGUUCGCAACUCGGCUUCAACGACGGCGUCGCUCUGAAAUACCCCAAGGGCAGAGGAUCGGUGUACAUGACUCAGCUCCGAUGUUUCGGCAACGAGCCGUCUUUGUUCCGCUGCACCAACUCCGGCUGGAAGAACGUCAUCAACGACGAGCCGUGUGUCCAGGAUGCGGGCGCCUUCUGCUUCAGAGACGUGCGUGUCACGGGAGGGUCAGUGAAUCAGUCAAUGGCGAUGGGCAGGAUCAGCAUGUUGAUAGGAAGCCGAUGGCACAUGGUGUGUGCGGACUCCUUCGACCAGGUAGAUGCGGAUGUUGCCUGUACGAGUCUGGGCUUCUCCAGGUCGAAGAUAUUGAGGACGUUCCGGGCCACCUACAACCCCAACUACAUCACCAACGUCGAGUGCAAUGGUGACGAGAGCAGUCUGGCAAACUGCAAAUACACCAAGGGACAGUGUCCGUACAGUGUUGGUCAGGCGAAGGUCAUCUGCUUCUCGGACUCACAACAAGCAGGAACCAAAUACCAUAUACACAAUGGCUUCAAUGGUCGUGUGAUCGUUGAGCGGUAUGGCCUGAAUGGAACUAUUUGCGAGGAAGGCUGGAGUGACGUGGAUGCCAAUAUUCUGUGCAAACAGUCGGGCUAUGCCGGGGGUGUAGCUUACGGGACCCCUCGGAAUAGCUCAUUCGAGCUGGUUUGGUACUCUGAGGUCAACUGCACAGGGAGCGAGGCUUCCAUUGUUGACUGCGUGAAGAACGAUACUGUGUCCAGAUCUUGCAGGAACUCCGCGACAUCGGCUGGGGUUUUGUGUUACAAAUCAACAGGUAUUCAGGUGAGAUUGGCCGAUGGAGGCAAGAACUUCGGGCGGGUGGAGAUUUCUUAUGACGGCGUAUGGGGCACAAUUUGUGACUAUGUCUGGUCAAGAUACGACGCACGCGCACUUUGCCGCCAACUGGGCUUUGUGGAAGGUAUCGCUUACGCUCAGUCCAGGUAUGGGCGUGGCUCUGGACCUGUGUACAUGGAUGAGAUGCGCUGCCGCAUUAAUGACAAGUCGAUCUACACCUGUCCGAACCGUGGCUGGAACAACAGCGCCGGCUACUGCCACGACCACGACAACGAUGCAGGGGUCUACUGCUUCCCAAGGGUGCGCCUCGAACCGAAACCACAAUUUGGUGGACUGGAGAUUUGGACAGGCUACUCCUACGGCCUUGUCUGCUCGGCGGGAUUCACAGACACAGAGGCCAAGGUCGCCUGUCGUCAGAUGGGCUACCCAGACGGAAAGGCUCUUUGCUGUUCUGCCUUUGGUGAUAUGGGCAAGUCCAUUGCUAUAGGCGACCUCAAGUGUACUGGAGAAGAAGCAUCUGUGAUGGACUGUUCGCAUACCAAGACCUCGCAAUGCAGCUCCAACCAUUACGCAUCUGUCGUCUGCUCCAAUGUCACUGAUACAUCAAAUGCAUACAUCGUGAAGCUCGACAACGGGACAACCGGCAGAGUGGUCCUCCGCCACUUCAGCCACGAUGGACUUAUAUGUCCCAACGGAUUCGACGACAAUGAUGCCAAGGUCGUGUGCAGAGAGAUCGGAAUGACCAAUGGUGGAUUUUCCUACAAACGAAUUAACAACAACAGGCGGAGUUUCGUGAAGGAAUUAAGGUGGAUGACUAACCUGAAUUGCACAGGUGAAGAAAACCUCCUGGAGACGUGCCCCGGGAUCACGUGGAAUCAGAUUAACCCUUGUGACAGAGGAUCAGAUGCAGCAGCCUUUUGUUAUAGAUCCCCAGGGCGGGCUACACGCCUCGAGGGUCGCGUGGAAGUGAACAUCAACGGAACAUGGGGCAGCAUUUGCGGUAUCAACGUUGAUGACAACGUUGCUGGCCUGAUCUGCAAGGACAUGAAUCAUCCAUCAGGCAUCGCGGGUAAAGCCGGAAGUCGGGGGAAGACUGUAGGUCCCGUGUGGAUCAACCAGUUAGACUGUGUUGGGAAUGAGAGCAGUAUCUUCGACUGCCCCUUGACAGGCUUCGGUGAGGACGACGACUUGUGUAAAUCACACCUGUACGACGCCGUUAUACAGUGCCACUCCACUGGUACAAUCCCAGUGCGUCUAUCUGGAGACAUCAACGGACGCACAGAUUACGGCCGACUUGAAAUUAAGCUCAACGGGACCUGGGCUUCAGUGUGUGACAACGGCUUCAACGAUAAUUCAGCGGAGGUAGCGUGUCAUCAGAUGGGCUACAACAAAGGAAAGAGACAGUGCUGUUCCGCUCUGGGGAACCUUCCGAGGUCCAUGGAUCCUAAGGUCACCAGGAUCACAUGUGAAGGUCAUGAGCAGAUGCUAGCCAACUGUACCAUAGCCCCGACUGGGGAAUGUGCCAGUUACGUGUCCGUGGCAUGCAGCACUACUGAACUCUCUGAAGUUCUUAAAAUCAGCCUGCCAAAGAAUGGGUUCACAGGCAUGGUGAAUGUCAGCCGAUAUGGCAUCUGGGGAGCCAUUUGUGGAGAGAGCUGGAAUGAUACUGAAGCCAUUUCUGCAUGUCGACAACUGGGAUAUGUCGGAGGUGUUGCGAUUCCGGGCUCAGCUAUCCCCCUUGGCAUGCCCAUCAUUAUGGGGAACGUGGUCUGCAGAGACGACGAUACCAACUUCAAUGAUUGCAGCCGGGAUGACUUCGACACACAUCACGGAUGUGCUGAGUCCAGGGCUGGGGCAGCUGUGUUGUGUAGCAACUCAGGAGAGGGUGUUCAGUACAGGAUGGCUCCAGGGUCAGUUGGAGACAAAGGGAUCGCCCAGCUUAAUAUUAACGGUCAGUGGGGCUACAUUUCCCGUCUGGAGUUUGACGACAAGGAUGCCAGCGUCUUCUGUCGCAGCAUCGGCAUGGUGGCAGGCCAGGUGUUGUGGCGCUCCCCAUCCUCCUCCAGCCUCAGGGGCAACAUCUUAGCCUCCUACGUCAACUGCACAGGCUCCGAGGCCGCAGUGCACCAGUGUCAGGUGGUGUGGGACCCAGAGAGAAACAGAUACAUCCCUGCGACGUUUGCCGUAUCAGUCAGCUGCUUCAGAGGAGUCCGAAUAGAACGCGGAGACAGCAAGACCAAUGGUAUCGUCAAAGUCUACAACAAUGGAGUGUGGGGUGCCAUAUGCUCUAAGGAUUUCGAUAACCGAGACGCAACUGUGAUAUGCCGGGAACUGGGGAUGACUGGAGGACUGGCUCUCUGUUGCAACCCCUACGGCUUCAACUUUCGACGCCGUAUAGCUGACCUCCGGUGUACAGGCAAAGAGAAUUCAAUACGAGAAUGCAAGUUCUCCUCUCGUCAGCGUACCUCACUCUGCUACAGACAGAACUACGCCUCAGUGGCCUGCUACAACGACACUCUGUCAAACAACUACACCAUCAGCCUGAGUGGAGGAUCACGGUACACUGGCCAAGUGGCCCUUACAUUCGCCAAUGUUGAAGGUCGCGUCUGCAGCGACAACUGGGACGACCCAGAUGCAGCUGUCGUCUGCAGCACCUUGGGCUACAGUAAAGGCGUGGCCUACAGCCACUACAGAUCCUCCUUCUCCUACUUCGACUACACAGGCCCAUACUGGACGUCCCAAGUCAACUGCACUGGCAACGAGACCUCACUGAGGGACUGCCCUCACAUUGGAUGGGGAAACGUCACAAAGUGUUCCAGCGGCCAUUUCGGUGGAGCACUCUGCUUUAACAAUGAAGGACUGUUCUACCGCCUGUCAGCAGGGGGUGACCAAUGGGGUCGGGUGGAGGUGGCCGUAGAUGGACAAUGGGGGUCACUCUGUGACCGGUACUGGGACAAAAGAGAGGCCAAGGUGUUCUGCAAGAACCUCGGGUUUGAUGAUGGUGAUCCUUUCUACGGGUCCUACAAUGACACAGCCACAGGACCGGUCUGGGAGUCGAACCUGAGAUGUGAUGGUGGUGAGAAAACACUCAACCAGUGCCCCCAUGAGGGUUGGGCCGUUUCAACAUCAAGGUCCUGCUUGGACCACACCAGAGAUGCUGGUGUCUUCUGUUACACUAAAGUGAAGCUGAGCACAGGUGUGGGACGGUCAAUUCAACAUGGCGGUGUGCUGUGGAACCAAAGGGGAGACUGGCAUUACGUCUGUGACACCGGCUUCAACGACAUGUCUGCCCGCGUCGUGUGCCAGAGUCUGGGUUUCAAGGAUGGCCGUUCUAUCUGCUGCUCCGCCUAUGGCAACACCAACUCCUACAACAAAGACAUCAUCACCAACAUGACUCUGCGAUGUACGGGAGAGGAGGAGUCAAUAUCCGAGUGUAUGAUUACAGAAGACUGUGUGAGCAAGAUGUACGCCUCAGUGGUGUGUUCAGACAACCCACAGGAGUUUGUUAAUGACAAUUACACGCUGACCAUCAACACCGGGGAGAAGAACUCUGGCCAGCUGCGCGUAGCCCACUACGGUGUACAGGGUCGUGUCUGCAGCAGAGACUGGGACGAUGAGGACGCUUCGGUGGUGUGUGGAGCUCGGGGAUAUACAGGCGGGAUGGCCUACAAGCAUUCUUACGUCGGCACAUACUCCACACAGCGCCAAUUGGGACCCUACUGGCUGAGCUCGUUUAACUGCACCGGUGAAGAGAAGGACCUGAUGGACUGUCCACACCUUGACCGGACCAACCUGGGCAACUGCUCCAACAAGCACACGGCAGCCGUUCUGUGCUACAACGACUCGGGUAUUGAGUACCGCGUUGCCGGAACGGGACUUGACUUCUUCGGGCGAGCUGAAAUCCGCAUCGGCGGUGUAUGGGGAACCAUAUGCGACAACUACUGGGAUGCCAAGGAAGCCAACGUCUUCUGUCGCCAGCUCAACUUCAGCGAUGGCGUUGCCAUCUCCAGAGCACGUUAUGGGCAGGGAUCUGGCCCAAUCUGGUUGAGUCAUCUACAGUGUACUGGCAACGAAAAGUAUUUCCAUGAAUGCCCUCACCGAGGCUACAAGGACCUCUAUUCCGCCCCAUCGUUUGGCUGGCCCUUCACAUUGCCCUGUACCUCCCACAAGGACGAUGCCUCUGUCUUCUGCUACAAGAGCGCUCGACUCAACCAGAGAUUCGGUGCUACCAAGGGAGGAUUGGAGAUAUUCGAUGAUGGGAAAAAGGUUGGAGUAUGUGACACGGGUCUUGACAAUACCGCUGCAACUGUUGCAUGCAAGAGUCUCGGUAUGAACUUCACGCACGGACGGGCUAUUGGUGGAUCUGUGUUCGGCAACAUCUCCGGACCAAUCGUGUUCACCAGCAUCAAGUGUAAAGGGACGGAAAAGGACAUCAAGGACUGCACACUGAGCAAAGAAGGAACAUGCACCACAGGGACGUAUGCAUCUGUGUACUGUUCUAAGACACCAUUUAAUGACACAGGCUUCCAGAUUCGACUAGCAGCCGACGGCCUAAGCAAGGACUACCAUGGCAUUGUAGAAGUCAAGAAAAACGGAGUGUGGGGUCGGGUGUGCAUGCAGGGGUGGGACGAUAUGGACGCCAGUGUGGCAUGCAGGAGUCUCGGCUUCAAGGGCGGGGUGGCCUACCUCCACAUUGUCAAGAACACUAACGCCAUCCUCAUGAGGAACUUCCGGUGUAGUGGCAAUGAGACCUCCCUUGACAAAUGUCCACAUCAUGAGACGGCCGACAAACAGAACUGCAACUACGACUCUAACGACGCAGGUGUUAUCUGCUACAACAAAACAGCAACCUGCUUGGGGGUGAUCUCUGGGCGCAGGAUCCCCGUCAAAGCGGCUCCCAUAGAGCAGAUGUCGUCAGUCAAGUCCCUGAUUGAUACGGCGUUAGCAGGGUUCCGUAAGGAGCUCAGCGCCGGUCGUCGGGCGGAGCUGACACAUCUGGGGGUUAACUGCGGCCGAGCCUGGCUCGGAGAGCAGCGCCUCCCAGGCUUGAUCCUGGCCGGCCGUGGCGAUAGCAUGCCCUCGGCGUCUGCUGGCGACCUGGCUUUACGCCGGGGCUGUCACAGGUGCCUGGUGCCCGGCGAGACAGGGUUGCCCCUGUCAUCGCCUGGUGUCCCGACUGGUGGUCGCUUAGGCACCGACCAGUUCGGGGAUACCUCGGCGCCUGGCAGCCAGUCUGGGCUGCCCGGGAAGCCUGUUGCGGCAGGUUCCUCUCGGGCUACUCGGCGACCUGGCGCGGGUUCCUCCCGGCAGGGAGGGUCGUCUUCGUCUUCCCUGGCCUCGGCCAGGCAGGGCAGGCGCCUCCCCCCUUUUCCGGCUAGUACAUCCCUACCGCUGAAGUCUGCCUACCGGUCAUUUGAAGAAUGCUACCGGUGCGCGGCUCAGCAGCUUAAAGUGGCCGUCCAUUCAGCCUACCUGUCUGCAUUGCAGGGACAGCUGGUGGCCCACAGCGCUGGCGGUGCCGAUUCAUCGGAGUCGGUGCUCGCGCGGCAACUAACGGAUCCCUCCGCUCCUCGCCAUCGGCCCUCCCCGCUUGCAUCCGCUUACCCUUUGGCUCCGGCGAAGGAUGUUGUUAAGUGGGCUGCCCCUUUGCAGUCAAAGCGGAGCGAGGCGUCGAGAGGCAAGGGGCAGGCCUGCGCCAGCGCCAGCAGUCAGUCUUCGGGGCAAGGGAAGCCAGCCCGGCUUCCCACUGAUUCAUGCCCCAGAGCCUUGUUGCCCCCACUCCAUGGCGGAGACUUGCCGGCGGUGGGGGUGCACUGCCUCUUGCCACCGUCCCUGUCGGCGACGGCUGUCCCUAUUCCUCCGGGAUUCCUCCAGUCCCCGUUCGUCGGCCCGAACAUGGCCCGGUUGCUCCGGCAACAUGGCGGCGACACAAGAGAUUAUGUAAAUCCAAAUUCAGCAGUUUCAGACAGACCUAUUCAAAUAACCAAUUUUAUCUGUUAUCUUUCAGCUCUCACGCAUGUCCGUCUGGGCAAGGACCGUUCAGGUGACCAAUCAGUUGACCGUGGUCGAGUUGAAGUGUACGUUUCUGGGCCAAACGAAUGGGGAACGGUAUGCGACGACUACUGGGACAAAACUGACGCCACUGUCGUCUGUCGGCAGCUGGGAUUCCAACAUGGCCGUGCUAUCAAUGGAAGUGCUUAUGGGAAGGGCACAGGUCGGAUCUGGUUGGACAAUGUGGAGUGUAUAGGAAAUGAGACAAGUAUUGGAGAUUGCCAGAGCCGAGGCAUCGGAACUCACAACUGUAAUCAUUCAGAAGAUGCCAGUGUUGAGUGUUACAAUUCAACCACCCCUCAAACGACAUCACCUGUUACAACAUCCCCUGUUACAACAGUCAGCACAACUACAACUAUGUCAACGACGACAUCACCAACAUCAACAACUACUCCUCCCACUACAACAUCUCCAACUACAACUCCUUCAACUACAACAGAACGUGUUACUAGCCCAGUUCCACCAUCUUCUACAUCACAACCAACCACUUCAGCUUCUGCAACAUCUACAUCUACAACUACAACAACACCAUCAAUGACAACCACUACCAUAUCAACAACGUCAACUUCAGUUAGUUCAUCAACAACAAAUACACCAACUACAGAGACAACCACAACACCAACAACAACGCUGAAGACAGGAACAGCAGCGACAGGAGGCCAGCAACAGAAACCCUCGAAGAAUAUAGUUGUUGCCGUUGUUGUGCCAAUAGUAUUACUAAUUAUUAUUAUAACUAUCAUCGCUGUUGUGUUAUGGCGCGUACGUCGUCAUCCCAAAUCUCAUUUUGCACAUGAACGUUUCCAUGACGACAUAAUAGAACAGACGCAUGAUGGCAGCAUCGCCAUGAGAAAUCAGCUGUAUGAUAUGAAUAUGUCCAAUGGGGAAACGGCCGACCCGAUGAGUGACACCACCAAAUAUCUGGCCGAAGAUUCCGAAAUUUCAAUAGAGGGCAACGGAUAUGCCCAUUUCUCCAAGGCCCCGACCCAUUCGGAGGAAGACUCCGGGGGAUUUUCUAACCCCCUCUAUGCAGUUAUGAAAGAUCCAACAGCCACAUCCAAUCCAGCUGAGCUUACUCUUCAGGCAGAUAUAAACACGUCCAAUACGUAAUGGCGAUACAGAAUGUGAAAUCGUGUAUGAAACACAGUCCCCUUGAAACACAUAUCAAUGUGAUCACAUUCUGAUGAACUGUGAUCCUGGUUUCGAUAGACAAUACAAGGUUAGGUCCGGUCAUGUGAUACAAACCAAUACAAGCUUGUUUAUUUGUAUGUGCAACUUGGGUGUGUUGUAAUAAUUAUGAUUAUUAUUAUUAUGAAUGGAUGAUGCAGUAACGAUAACAAGUAACAGCAUAAGCCAGGAGUUAUUUACAAUGGGAAAUCGGGUUUAUCUGCUUCGUUACGUUGAAUUUUUUAUAAAAAAUAUCGCCAAACAUUUAAGCAUCAUAUCAGUGUUGUAUCUGUUUGGACUCGGUUUACAUGUUAUGACGUCAGUUUUCAAUAUUGUUUCCACCUUAAUGGAAAGACCGUCUCUUCUUAGCAUAUUAUGUCCAUAAUUUGAUGGGAUAUUAAUAUAUACACAAACGUCCAUUUUUUCAUUGAAAUGCUUAUAUUUUUAUAUAUCGCUAUUGUAUCGUGUCUCGUGUAUUUCAUUCACUCUUUGCACUCCAUGCACUUCAGUGUGUAUUAAAUCCACCACUACGUUUCAAAAGUGGGAAAGUUUGUCAGUCAUACAGCAAACUGAAUGAAGUGAAUUCAGAGAUAUCUACAUGAAGCAAAUUGCCAAUCAAAUACAUGUAGAUACACAGAAGAAUCUAGAAAUGCCCCUUUUGUCAGACAUUCGGGGAGUGGGAGGGGUGUAACCUAGUGGUUAAAGCAUUCGCUCGUCAUGCCGAACACCCGGGUUCAAUUCCCCACAUGGGUACAAUGUGUGAAGCCCAUUUCUGGUGUCCCCCACCAUGAUAUUGCUGGAAUAUUGCUGAAAGCGGCACAAAAGCAAACUCAGUCGCUCACUCACUCACUCACUCACUCCCACAUGACAGGCUGUGAUAUAUCUGGAAUAUUGUUAAACCCAACUCACUCACUUGCACUAAUCCAAGAGUAUUUUUAUAGGUUGCUCUGCACCAUAUCCAUAUUCCUGGGAUUCACCAAAGUAUUAAAAUCUAAGAUCAGGGUCCUGAUCCACAAAGUGUUCGUAGCUCUACAACUUUUGUAAGCGUGUGAUAAACAAUAGAGUUAUGACUGGUCGUAACUUUACGAACAUUUUGUUGAUCGGGACCCUGUAACAUGAAGUGUUUUCAUUCUACAUGAAACUAACAUUCCACAAGAGAAGAGAACUCGCUCACUCACUCUUUAUGGCUAGGGGAGUGAUGAUGAUAUUUAUGGAGAAGCAUGUACAAUGUGAAUGACCCCCCUAAAAUGUAUACACAAAGGAAGUUACCCCCACCCCACCAAAGAGAAAAGAAGAUUUUUUUAUAGCAUAAAUCAUGGUUGUGAAAUGUCCAUCCACCUGUUGGUGUGAGUUUUGUCAUCAACGUUUCUUUCUUUUGUAGGCCAUUUUAUUUGAAAAUACUUUUGGGUGUAAAAUUUGCAAAUACUAUCAUUCCACUCUUUUCCAUUUUUGGAUCAGUCUUUCAAGUUCAUUAAAUUACAAAUUCAAACACUUUCAUUUAUUUGCUUCAUAUGUUUUGCUGGCAGUAGAUUUUGCACAUUAAUAUUUCUGCAAUAAUGUGGUCAUAUUUUUGUAUAUAUGAUGUAAAUGAUAGUGCAUAUAUUCGCUAACUCAAACAACAUGUGAUAAAUGUACAUAUACCAUCCUCAGUUGAUUAACAAUGAUUCCUCGUUAAUCCAGUCACGGAGUGGACCCCAUCUUCUGGACUCUGGAUUAAUGAGGUUUCGUUGUUCACAGUUGUCAAAUGUUCCCGCACCAAUUAAAUCUACAGUAUAUAUAUAAAUCUAUGCAGGUGUGUAUGUAACAGAUGUGUAAUUAAACUGCAAUUUUGUAUAGAAAUAAACAGAGGCUUGUAUCUA